ACUGGGACAAUUUUACUGCCCGGUGCCUCCAACUUUGCCGAAACACGCCUUCGACAAACAACAUUCACCAAGAAGCAGCAAAAAUUCUAAGAAUUGUUCGCACCGCCGCCCACUUUACUAUCCCGCAAACCACACGGUGCUAUUACAAAAAAAGGAUCCCCUGGUGGAAUGCCAAUUUAUCCAUCCUUCGUCUGCAGAAACAGCGUGAAUGGCAGAAUUACAAACGCUCCCGCUCUGAACACAAUCUUUUAGCAUAUAAAAGAGCUAAUGCCCUUUUCAAGAGAGCUGUAAAAACGGCUAAAAAACAAAGCUUUGAAAAGAUCACAUCGAAAAUCUGUCCCACAUCAAACCCAAGUGACGUUUGGAGUGACAUUAAGAAGCUCACUGGCUUUCAAAAGCAAUCUUAUCUAUCCAGCAUUAACUCUCCUAACGGAACGAUAACCACACCGCUGGGAAUUGCCAACUAUUUCGCUUCUUCCUUUUCGUCUGCUUCCUCCGAUUCAAACUUUACAGAUACUUUCCGCCAACUCAAAGCGCAAUACCUGCAAGAAGAUCCUUUGACAAAUCAACAGCUCUCGACACACGCCAAGCAAAUCGAAGCAAAAAUAAACUUAGCUGAACUCCAAUUCGCACUCUCAUCGGUUAAAGGUAAAACACCAGGGCUUGACAAGGUGUCAUACCCCAUCAUCCAAAAACUACCCAUCGAAGUAAAACAUCGAUUGCUUAACCUUUACAACCUUAUUCUCGACCAAGGACACUACCCACAACAUUGGAAAACUGCGUGCAUAGUUCCCAUAUUAAAACCAAACAAGCCCGCUGGAGACGCAAACAAUUAUAGACCCAUCUCUCUCAUCCCUUGCUUUGGAAAAGUAAUGGAAAAAAUCGUAGCCUCUAGACUUAUGUGGUAUGCGAACAUCACGAAACGUAUAAGUCCCAAUCAAGUAGCUUAUAGAAAAGGUUGCUGUACUAUAGACGCAUUAGUUCAUCUCGACCACCUAAUUUCAGAAGCCCUCUCGUCCAAAAACCACUUUUCGGUACUUUCCGCCGAUUUUCAAAAAGCGUUUGACCGUAUCGGCGCCCACAUUAUCUUAAGGCAACUAGAGAAAUGGAAAAUCGGCCCAAAAAUCAAGAAUUUUAUUAAAAGCUUUCUCAAAAACAGGAAAUGUGUGGUAAAAGUAAACGGGUAUCUUUCCUCUACGUAUCCACUUGAUAAUGGUACCCCACAGGGAUCACCACUAUCUGCUUGCCUAUUCAUAAUAGCAUUCGACGAGAUCACUCAACUUACAAAAAACAUAAGUAGCUUAGAAUGUCAACUCUAUGCCGACGACGUGGUUUUUUACACGCAUAACUCUGACAUCACGUUUGUAGAGGAAACUUUUGAUAGCAUACUUUCGAAAAUAAAUUCAUGGUCUCUGGUCUCUGGCACCACAAUUGCUACUGGAAAAACCAAAAUUUUACAUAUUUGCCGGAAACAGAAUUGUCCCGGCGUUUCCAAUGAUACUAUAAGUUCGGUACAAGAACUCAAAGUUCUUGGACUGAUUUUAGACUCCAAAUACAACUUCAAGCCACACUGUACUCAACUAAGAGAGCGCAUUUCAAAUAGUCUAAACAUAAUCAAAUAAUCCUAUCCAAAAUUGAUUACGCCCUUCCUAUUUACGGUAAAAGCCCAAAAGCUACACUCAACAAGCUGUCAGCACCGUACCACGCCGCAAUGCGCAGGAGUAUCAGAGCCUUCCCUACAACCCCAUUGAAAAACUUGUACGCUGAAACAGGCUUACCAACAAUUUCAGACAGAACAACCGACACUACACGCCGACUCCUACCAAAACUGCUGUACACCUCUAACUCCAUUCUUUCCGAAAAUGUCCAAAAAAUGUUAACAAGAAAACGGCAGCCCAGGUGCAAAUCGGCAAUGCUAAAAUCUUUAGAAUUUGCAAAGGAUCUUCAGAUACCCAUCAAUAAAAAGCCUCAAGCUAUAGAAGCACACCCGCAUUGGUUGAUAAACAACGCCAAGUCAAUCAUCAAAGCUCUGCUUCUUCCCAAAGCAAGUACUCCAAAGGAGAAGUAUACAAAUCUCUUCGCUGCGGAAAAAGAGAAAUAUCAAAACCUUGGUUGGAAAUUCGUAUACACUGACGGGUCCAAGACUGAAAACAACACCUCCUUUGCAGUAGUAUCACAUUGCGGGAACAUAAUCAAACACGGUAUACUUCAUUCUAUUUGCUCGGUGUUCACGGCGGAAACCACCGCUGUACUCGAAGCAGUCAUCUAUGCCAAGAUGAAUAAAGGCAAAUUCGUCAUUUGUACAGACAGUCAAUCGUGCAUCAACGCCGUCGAAUCACCAUCCAACACUCAAAACGCAAUAGUUAACAUCCGCAACAUACUACUACACUGCCCUAACAAAAUAAAACUUAUGUGGAUCCCCGGGCAUGUUGGAAUUUCGGGAAAUGAACACGCUGAUGCCGCAGCCAAGAACAUCGCCAUCACUCCCUCACUUAUGUAUGACUCCGUAUCUAAGCAAGACAUUCGAGCUGAAGCUACCAGGCUAAGACUGAAGUCACUAAUCGACGAUUGGGGAAUGUACGUCCAUCACUACUCAGC